AUGCCUAUCACAAAUCCACCUGCUCACCUGCUCGCUGAUUCUGCUAUUAAGGUGGCGCUUGAAGCUUGCAAGGACCAUAUUCGGGUGGACACCCCGUUCAAUGUCGAUAAGCUUGAAAGGAUCCUUUUUGAUCAUCCUAAUCCACUUUUUGUCCAAUCCAUCAUGCAUGGUCUUCGUCAUGGGUUCUGGCCACCAGAUGAUGGUGAAUGGAAGGUAGAGAUGGAAGAAGUAUUCAAAAAUUAUCUUGCUGAUUCUCCCGAUAUCGACGCUAUCCGAGCAUUUCAAGAUAAGGAAUUAUCAGCUGGUCGGUGGUCAUCGGAGCUCUCGCAGCUAUUGCCUGACAUGAAAAUCUCCCUCAUGUUUCCUCGUGUCGUAAUGGACCACUUUGCCUCGGGGCUCAAUGAUGGUAUCCCGUGCACUGCAGCCACCAUUCGCUAUGAUAACAUGUGCGACUUUGGGCAAGAAAUGUGA